GAUUCAUGCCCUUUUGUCUUUACUUAUUCUUAUAUUCAAAAACAUUAUUCACAUUCUUUAUUUAGGUUUCUCUCCCACUUCCACGCUCCAUCAUCGUCCAGCAACAAAACAAACAACCAUUCUUAAUAUCCCCGAAAACCCAUCCAUCUCUUCCGAUCUCCAAAAUGCAGGCCAUUCUUUCACCUCUCACCCCUUCCCUCUCUCUCUACAAAUCUCGCACUUCUCUCUCCUCUCUUUCUUCAUUCAAUCCCAUUCUCAAUCUUUCUUCCUCUUCCUUCCCAUCAUGCACACCAAUCGUUUAUUCUUCCUCUUCUUCUUCCAAGUUCAUCUCCCUGACACCCCUCCAUUCCUCCAACAACAAUACCUUUCACACCAAAGCAACCGUCACCGCCGCCGCGGACUCCUCCGACAGCAGCAGCAGCCUCUUCAAAACUCUGGAGCUUGGAGUCCUCUUUUGUCUCUGGUUUUCCUUCAACAUAUACUUCAAUAUCUACAACAAACAGGUCUUGAAGGUUUACCAUUUACCUGUAACUCUCACUGCUUUUCAAUUUGCUAUUGGAACACUCCUUGUAGCAUUCAUGUGGGGUCUUAAUCUUUAUAAAAGACCAAAACUCACUUCUUCACAGCUUUUAGCAAUAUUUCCAUUGGCUUUGGUACACACAUUAGGGAACCUUUUCACUAAUAUGAGCCUUGGAAAGGUUGCUGUUUCUUUUACUCAUACUGUCAAAUCAAUGGAGCCUUUCUUUUCUGUCCUUAUGUCUUCUAUGUUCCUUGGGGAGAUGCCUACGGCAUGGGUGGUUGGUUCCCUUGUGCCUAUUGCAGGUGGAGUGGCGCUCGCGUCUGCUACGGAGGCCUCUUUCAAUUGGAUUGGGUUUUUGAGUGCAAUGGCUUCCAAUUUGACAAAUCAAUCUCGGAAUGUUCUUAGCAAAAAACUCAUGGUUAACAAGGAGGAAUCCAUGGACAACAUAACACUCUUCUCACUAAUAACAGUCAUGUCAUUCUUCCUAUCAGUACCUCUAACUAUCUUCAUGGAGGGUGUCAAAUUUACCCCCGCUUACCUGCAAUCCGCAGGAUUAGAUGUUCAACAAGUGUAUAUUAGAUCUCUUCUCGCUGCACUUUGUUUCCACGCGUAUCAGCAAGUUUCUUAUAUGAUACUGGAGAGAGUAUCACCUGUUACUCAUUCUGUAGCAAACUGCGUGAAGCGUGUGAUAGUAAUUGUGAGCUCUGUCAUUUUUUUCCAAACACCAGUCUCGCCGAUUAACGCAUUAGGAACUGGUAUAGCUCUUUCUGGUGUUUUUCUAUAUUCCAGGGUAAAGGGAAUUAAGCCAAAGACAGAAUAAUUUUCACAAGUAAAAUUUUGCUAGAAGCAGCUUAACAUACACACCACUUUGUUACAAGUUUUUUUUAUAGGUUAGAUAUGUCUGAGUGGCGCCUAAUGGUUCUAUUCAAUGAAUAAUUUAUCAUCAUUUUUUUAUUACAUGUCACACUUUUGGUUUAUUGUAUACUUUUUCUUUGACUCAUAUUUAAUAACAAUUAUGCUCAUAUUUAAUAGAGUCAGAGACUCAAUGUCCUUUGUUUUA